UGAAGCAAACGAUCAAUGCCGGGGGAGGGGGGAAGAGAGAGAGAUAAGGAGCUUUUCUCUCUUGGCACAGCUGAAUUGAAGGACCAAAAGCAACUCUUCCACCUCGCGUGACUUAGUGGCUCGACAACCAAAAGAGCAGCAAAUUCAUGAUAUAAAAAUUCGAUCUUUUACUGUGUCUGAUUGUGUUUCGGGAUCGAUUCGGGUCGAGAUGCUGAUACCCAGAUGGCGGCAUUUAAUUCCCAUCAAGAAUUCGUUGGUUGCUUCCACACCAGCGGCAGCUCAGUCGGCCGGUUUUCAUUCGACUCCGUUUGCGUGUCAGAAAUGGAAGUAUAAAUGGGACUCUGAUCCUGUUAAAGGCCAGCAACCAACUAAGAACUAUAUUAGAUAUACAACCCGUCAAAAGCGUGCCGACGCGAAGAAAGCUCUUAAAGAUCUCCUAUUCAGGAGUGGCUCCUCCAGAUUUUCUUUUCAGGAUGAAGAUCCAAUUUGGAAAUUAGAUGGGACCGAAGCUGAUCAAUCACAUAGUGGUGGUAAGACAGCCAGAGCAAAGUAUUCUUCUCGACAUGCUGCAAAAAACCACUACAAGAAAAUGAAGCGAAAGAUUAGAAGGGAGAGCUUCACCGAGGACUUCGAGGGUCAUCCUGAGACAAUCUUUCAUGCGACUUUUGGGAACAGAUGGUACACUUGGUCUUUCAACUCGGAGCAGUCAUCUACUUUUGAAAAUCCCGCCUUUGGUUUUGAGUGGAGGGAGCGAGGAAGUUCAAGAAACCAGAGGGCGAGCAGGUGGGAGAGUAUCAGUGAUGUAGAAUCAGACGAUGAAGAGGAAAUCAGUAUCGGGUCAUCUUCUGACCGGACGAUUCUUGGGUUGCCUCCGAGAGGUCCUCUGAAAUUAGAGGACGUUAAAAGCGCUUUCCGACUAUCUGCAUUAAGGUGGCAUCCUGAUAAGCAUCAAGGCCCUUCACAGUCGGUGGCCGAAGAGAAGUUCAAGUCUUGUGUCAAUGCAUACAAGUCACUGUGCAGCGCUCUCUCGGCAGCUUAGAGCUGUGAGCUUUGUUGGAGGGGAUAACAGAUGACCCAUCCGAGACCCCAGGGGUUCCCAUGAGAAUCCCCUAGCGGGUCCAACAAGAUUACCCAAGUUCCACAUACCCUGCGACCAUGGAAUUGUCCGAUGUCGCAAUACCUAGUCUAGGCAAGAAUAUCAACUUUCGAGGAAUAUGGUCUUUGAAUAAUUUGUAGCUCAUAAUGUUGCAAUUUCAGCUCUUCAUUCGUUUUCUCAUACCCUGCGACCAAGGAAUUUUCCGAUGUCGCAAUACCUAGUCUAGGCAACUUUCGAGGAAUAUGGUUUUUGAAUAAGUUGUAGCUCAUAAUGUCGCAAUUUCAGCUCUUCAUUCGUUUUCUCA